AUGGCGACGGCGGGCGGGCAGUCCAGAGAAGAAGAUCGUGCGGCGGCGGCGGUGGCGGCGGAGUUUUCCUGCAAAUAUUGCGACAGGAAGUUCAAUAGUAAGCGUGCUUUGGGAGGGCACCAGAACGCGCACAGGAGGGAGAGAGCUAUGGAUGGGACUGCUAAGAGGAGUCGACGUGGCACCUUUAUGGAUUAUUAUCCAUUUUCUCCUCCUUUCGCUGGCCUUCCUCCUCUUCUCGCCAGCGCCGGCGCCGGCGCAGCUUCAAUGCCGCCGUAUUUGCUGCCUGGCCACCUGAUUCCCUCGCCGGAGAUUCCAGCCAGGCCACCGCCAUAUGUUUAUCCUUUUCCACCUGCUGUGCCGGUGGAAAAUUAUCUCCCUCAUGCUCAGGUUUUUCCGCCGGCGAUGACUAUCCCCGGCGCCAACACCUUUCCGGUGGGAAGUGUUCCCGCCAAUUCUGCUGUCACCCCAAUGCUUGGUUCCAUUGCUAGCAACUCGAAUCCAUGGAAUACUCCAGACAUGAUCGAGGAUGGAGAUCAGAACUACUGGAUAUGA